UGGCCGAGCCGCCGCAGCCCCACGCCUCGCCCCCGGCCCCACCGCGGCCGCCCACACCGCACCCACCCGGCCCCCUGGAAGAGGACGGAAACGCGCCCUCCUCGUCUGCGGCUUGUGCAGCUGAUCUGACUUCAGGGCGUUGCUGCUCGGAUCGCAGACGUAGGGAAGACCCGCGGGAACGGGGGACACUCGAAAGGUGGUUCUGCGUGUGCCGUACACUUAACUUGGGCACACACUGGCGUGCCCCGUGCCUGACGUUUCCUUGGGAAUCGGGUUUUCAAAGGUUUCAAAGAUAAUUAUCCUGGCUGAUGGCUGGACAGAGAUGCUCAUCAUUCAACUCCUGCAAAGAAGAGUUGAAGAUGCAUAAUUGUAUUCAGAGCAGUUACUCACAGGUUUCGGUAUAGUAAAACGGCACAUAGGAACCAACAGUAAUGCAGUUGAAGGCUGUAAAAUGAAAACAGUAUGCUCAAGUCAAGAAGAAAGUAAGGAAAAUAAAGUGAAGCUGUUUCUUAUGUAUUCAUCAGAUCGUCUUGAAAUUUAACUAAAAAUAUGACAGCUCUUUCUUCAGUGAACUGCUCUAUUCAGCACCUGUUACAUCAGUCAAAGCAGCCCCUAGAUGUUAACUAUCUGUUGUUCUUGAUCAUACUUGGGAAAGUUUUAUUAAACAUCCUCAUCCUAGGAAUGAAAAGGAAAGGUACCUAUUGGAGUUUUAUGGAGUAUUUCUGCUUUUCAUUGGCAUUUGUUGAUCUCCUACUAUUGGUAAACAUUUCCAUUCUGUCCUACUUCAAGGACUUUGUAGUUCUGGGUAUUAGGUUUACUAAAUACCACAUCUGUCUGCUCACAGAAAUAAUUUCCUUCACUUACGGCUUUUUGCAUUAUCCAGUCUGCUUAUUGGCUUGUAUAGAUUACUGGUUGAAUCUGUCUAGAGCCACCAGGCAUUCAUCUCAGAGGCAAAGGUUACUUUAUUUCUUGACAGUCAUUUUAACUUGGAUCUCAGUCCUUGCUUAUGUUCUGGGAGAUCCAGCCAUCUCAGCAAGCCUAAAGACACACAGGAUUUAUGUGCACCAGUGCCCCUCCUAUGUCAGCACUCAGAGUAACUGGCUGUCACUAUCUAUGCUGAUGGUUUUAUUUGUGGCCUUUCUGAUUUCAUGGCCAGAAGUUGUUGCCUUGAUACAGGCUAUCAGGAUAGCAUCCUAUAUGAACAAGGCCAUCCUCUAUUUUCCCUUCCCACUGCACUCUGGUUGCACUAUGAUCUCCAGGAAAACACUCUUGCCCAGGCUCAUCGUGUGUUUUCUUGGUACCUGGUUUCCCUUUGUAGCACUCCAGGUCCUCAUCCUCUCACUUAGAGUUCAGAUCCCAGCAUACAUAGAAAUGAACAUCCCCUGGUUGUACUUUGUCAAUAGUUUUCUUAUUGCUGCAGUUUAUUGGUUUAACUGCCACAAGCUUUAUUUAAGAGACAGCAUGUUACCUACAGAUCCUUUCAUCAACUGGAAAUGCUGCUUUGUUCCAGUACCUAGACUUAAGCAAGUGGAGAGGCCCAUAUCCAUAAUCAUCUGUUAGUAUGCUGCUGUGCUGGGAGAAGUCCAGAAGUACCCAAACCAAUCUUACCAGCAGGACAAGUAACUGAAGCUCUUGUUCCCUACCUUUUAUCGUUUCAGCACAGUCUGUCGGGUAGAUAUUAACUAGUUCUAAGGACACAUUAACAGAACAAUUUUUAUACCUGCUCAGCAACAUUGUAUAAGUAUUUGGUAUUAUUAAUCUAAAAGUAAAAUAAAUGCAUUAACAUGUGGCCAGCUUGAUGUUUUACUCCCAAAAAGAAAAAUACUGGAUGCAAAAUGUUAUGUAAAUUUGAGAUUUCACUGCCAACUUGAAGAUCCGAGCUCAAAUAUUUUGUCAACUUUAGAGAAAAAAAGACUUAAAAUGAUUUUGUAUAAUAAUAAAACAUACUUUAUGGGGCUUAUUUUAGCUUAUUUUAAAUACAGCUAAAAUAUUUUAUUACAAACA